AUGGGGCGCAAGCCGGGAUCCAGCGCACCCAGAUCUGGGGAAUGGCGCCUCAGGGCCUGCAGUGCUCUGCUGUACGUCGUGGUCCUGGCCCACAUCUGGCUAGCCCCCUUCACCAAGGUGGAGGAGUCCUUCAAUGUCCAGGCAAUGCACGACCUCUGGAACCAUGGCGCCGACCUGGAAGCCUAUGACCACCACCUGUUCCCUGGCGUGGUGCCCAGGACCUUUCUGGGUGCCAUGAGUAUCGUGGCCCUGGCCAGCCCGGCCCUGACCGCACUCCGGCUCCUACAGGCGCCACUGCUGUGGCAGCUGUAUGCCGUGAGGGCUUGCCUGGGAGCGCUGUCUGUGGCAUCCCUGCAUUCCAUCCAGUCCGCACUGGCUGUCAGGUUUGGGCGGCUGGCAGCUCUGCUCUUCUGCCUGCUCACAACCGUGCAGUUUCACACACCAUUCUACGCGUCCCGCCCCCUGCCCAACGUCUUGGCGUGUGUGCUGACCAACUGGGGCCUGGCCGCAUGGCUGGGCUCUACCUCCCCAGCGCGCGUCAUCGGGCUCUUUGCGGCAGCAGUGGUCAUCUUCAGGUCGGAUGCGGCGCUGCUGGCCGCCCCCAUCGGCUCGCACCUACUCCUCUCAAAGCAGGUCACGUUCCCGCGGGCAGUCUCCUUGGCCGCCGGCGCGGCACUCGCCAGCCUGGCGCUCACCGUCGCGGUGGAUUCGCUGAUGUGGCGCCGCCUGGUCUGGCCAGAGGGCGAAGUGUUUGCCUUCAACACCUGGCACAACAAGAGCUCUGAGUGGGGAACGCAGUCCUGGCACUGGUACUGCACCAGCGCCCUGCCCAGGGCCCUGCACGGCGGCUUCCCCCUGGCCGCGCUGGGCGCCACCUGGGACCGGAGGGCGCGACCCCUCCUGGCCGUGGGUCUGGCCUUUGUGGGCCUGUACUCCUUCCUGCCCCACAAGGAGGCCCGCUUCCUCUUCCCUGCCCUGCCGCUGUUCACGGCGUGCGCCGCCGUGGCCCUGCAGCGCAUUCCUGCACAAUGCACGGCACGCAAAGCACGGGAGGAGGGACUGCCUCCUAAGGCGCUGGCAGGGCGAGGGUACGACUACCUCCUGACAGACCAGGCGGUGGUCGAGGGGUGCGUUGCGGUGGAAAGCGUGCUGGGCUACGAUCAUCUGGAGCUGGCCAGGCCGCUCCUGCUCACGAGGCUCCCCCUGCGCAUUGCAUUGGCAGCCAAGGUUUGGAUUCAGAAAUGCACGGCUCUGUGA